AUAUUGUAUCCGUUGCCGAUGCAUUUAAGACUCGCGUGUUGCGACAGUAAAACAGUUGGCUGGAAUGGUCUCUGCAAGGAGGCCUAGGCCGAAGAGUCUGUGGUAGGUAGUAUAACGACUGAACACUCGGACCUUACUAGGCAAAUUAAAGGGCGGUCGACGGUCGGCGAGCUCCAGCGCAGAUUGCAGCAGUGAGCGCUCGGCGCAACUAGUUGUCAGGCUUCCGUGCACUGUCAACCUGGUUGUGUGUAUAGAGCAGCUCGGAUGCCGGCGUGGUAGUUCCUAAGGCUGGUUCUACAGUCGGGCCCGGGCAAGGUGAGGCUCGCGUCGUUGGUCUAUGAUGGCCGCUUAACAUGCAUGCUCAGCGCGGAUCUCUACGCAAUACCUCAAUUAUCACGGCUUCAGUGCGAACGAAGGGGUGCAAUUCUCGGGCAAUCUUCACUCACUGGUUUUGAACGGGCGCUGGUCGCUUCACUCAUUAGAACAAAUACCAAGGACAAAGCUGUCCGGUAGCUGAGCUGCGCUUGAUGCUCGGUACGUGUGUCGCUGGCCGUGUGUCGCUGGCCGUGUCCGCUCUUGUGUCCGCUUGCCUGAUUGUCGCUGACGGGAAAACUUCUUGCAUGGAAGGUAUCCAGGUUCGAAUGCAUCACGGUCACAGCUGCACGGCUGAGGGACGCGCCGGUAGCCGGACGAACAGCGGCGCCGCAGUUUCGCGGUCGGGCGGAGUUCUGUCACCCCACAUAGGCUUCCUGCCUGUGACUCGCGGCGCCGACCCCUGUGACGGUGUCCCUGCCGCAGCAGACACGACGCAGGGCGAUCAGCGCCGAUGGCACAACGCUGGCGCGGCGGCGGUCGCGUGUGUUGACGGCACGGACGCCGGUGGCAGCCGCAGCCGCAUGCUACUGCCUGGCCCGCUGGGCCGGGUUGCAACAGCCGAAUUGCUGGCCCUCAUAGGGUCUCUGCCCGGGGGCGUGUCUGGGACCAGCGAUGGCGCCUGCUAUCGUGCCCAUUCAGCAACCACGCACCCGGGACACACAGCGCAGCCACGCGGUGCUAUGCCCCACUCGCACCAGUUUCCCAGCAGCCUUGGGUGCGCAGUGGCGGCGGGUGCGGUCGGUGAUCAAGAGCUGCCCGCGUCGCCAUGCGGCAAGCGACCGCGGAGCGAGGGCGACGCGACCGCGGGGUGCUUUGCACCUCGGCAGCGGUCCCAGUGGCAAGAAACACCGCCGCUGCAUGAGCCGCUCAGGUGCUCCCAUCCCGCCCAGUUCUGUACUGUAGCCAACGCUGACCAGCAGCGGUGGGAAUGGCCGGCGGGCAUGGGGCACAAGCAAUCGCCGCAGCAAGUCCGCCACCAGCCGUCCUUGCCGCUAGCACAGGCAGCGGCAGACAGCCCGUGUGGCAGUGGCGGCAGCUCGCGCAUGCACUACUCGCCGCCGGCCGCACGCGGUGGCGUGGCACGGACACCAAGCGCUCCGAGUGACCCGCUGUUGCAGUUCUCGCCUGAGGCCACCGCCGUGCAAAACCGGCCGCGUCUGCGCCCUCAGCAGCAGGAGCUGUGGGGUGGGUCGCCGAGUCACGACGGGUCACCGCGGGCGGCAGCAGCAGCAGCAGCAGCUGCCAGCGGCAGGUUGCAGGCGCACGGCUUUGCAGGUGGCGUGGGCGCAUCGUGCAGACAGCAUGCGGCGGCGGCGGCAGACACGCCCGCCGGCCGCAGCGGGUGCGGCUCUGCAGCAUCCCACGCCAACAUUGCAUCAGUAGAAGCGCGGGCCGAUAGCAACAUUAGCGGGGCGGUAACAAGCUGGGGUGCCGCCGCCACCAGUAGCGGCCGCCCCUGCUGGAGCCAGCAGGGUGUCCACGACCCGCCGAGUCCUCACCACAGCUUUCAUGCGGAUGUGCCACACGUGGCUGGCGGUGCAGCGUUCCACCGGCGGUCCCAAGAUCACCAGCACCAGGGACAUCAUCACCAGCACCACCGCCAGCAGAGGCAGCAUGAGCUUGGACUGCACCCCAGCAGCCGUGAACAGACACGGGGACGCCUGUCGCCAGCAGAAACUAUUGCUGCUGGUACUUCUGCCGGCUUAAGCUGCCCACCGGCCGCAGCUGCAUUGCCGUCGCCGCCAUGGCCGAUGGGCGCUGCAAGCGCCGCGCUGCCGGCAGUGGAGCUGCUGCUUCAGAGCAAGGGCACGGUGUCUCGCAAGCCGUUCGAGAACCAGGAGCAGUCGCCGCGGCCACCGCCACCGCAGCAGCAGCGCGAUCAUCAUCUACCGCAGCGGCAACAGCUGCGGCUGAUGCGAGAGGAUAGGGCGGUACACUGUGGCAGUGGCAAGGGUCUGUACAUGCUCGCGGCCCCGGCCACAUCAAAGCUGGGGGUGGUGGAGCAACAUCAGCGGUCGGAGGAGCGGGAGGUGGCGCGGCCGCCGGCCCCUGUAGCGAAAGACACUAACGCAACGGCGCCGAGGUUGCCUCAGUCUGGUUAUGGCAGAGAGGAAGCUGAAGGACCGCAGCUGCAGCCGUGCUCAGAGGAUGGGCCCGCCGGGCCACAGGUCACCACAAAAGAGGAUGCGCUGCGCGCCCUCAUGGCCGCCCUCGCCGCCAGCGCUGAAGCGUUGAAGGCUUCGCCGCCACCACCGCCUGACCUCGCGGAAGUGGAGACAAGGUGUGCGACCUCUCGGCGGCCGCCCCCAGCUGCAGCGGCACCGCAACCGCAACAGCCGCUGCAGCAGCAGGCGGCCGCGGCCGAUCUGCUGCCGCCGCCGAAGCGGCGGCGCUCCCCCUCCCUUUCGGCCACCACUGGCGGCACCUCGCCUUCCACUACUGCGACCACCUGCGUCACAGCCACAGCCUCCCUCGAGGCAAACGCGCUCUCUUCGCUGCCGGCGCCGCCGCCGGCGCCGCGGCCCGCAAGCGCCGCGAGUGUCGAGGUCCUGAGCUCAAUGGAUCUGCUACGCCGGUCGCGCGAGCAGCGCAAGGCGCAGCUGACAGCCGCAAACAAUGAGGCGAAGCUGCAACACGCCGCAUGCUAUGGGUACGUCCGUGCCGUUGCGGCGGCGGGGAUGGCUGCCCCCUUGGGGCCUCCACGUACGCAAGCUGCAGGGCCGGCAGCACACGUUGCGCCAGCAGCGGGUCCGGCGGCACAUCACGCAAUGGGCACUGGUCGCCAGCAGGGCUGGUGUGCCUCUCCGCAAAGCAGCAGGGACAUGUCUCCACCGCGGCAGCAGCCGCGGUCGGUCCUGCCACCAGCACCAGCGUCGCCGCCGCAGGGGCAGCCGUAGCCGGCGCUGCCGUGGUGUCAUCGGGCCGCGCAUGCUGCCCCUGCGGCUGGGGUCGGGCGGAGCAGCACUGUCCCGCCGGCUCCCCACCACGGCGCUGCGGAGCUCAGUGGCCUGGCCGCCGGCGUGAUCGCCGGCCGCCACGCACUGCAGCGCUUCCUGGACCGGCAGCAGGAGCAGCAGCAGCAGCAGCUGUAGCAGCUGCUGCAUAACAGUGUGGGCACCGCGAUGGGGCGGGUGUUGCUGCAUUUGUUAUCGGGCUGCGUGAAUGGCAGCCAGCCAGGGCGGCACCGGCGAGGGCGGCAGCGGCAACGGAGCAGUAAUAGGGCUACCGAUGACACAGCCUACUCCGCGUACGCCGCCGCCUACAACUACAAGAAGGUGUGAGGGGUGACACCAAGUAACGCAAGAAAUGAUCAUGAACAAUGUGGCUGGGGGAACCAAGAUGCAACGGGUACGGUGCAACGGGUAACCUUUUUUGCUGGGCCGGCGGGGGUUGCACACGCGCAUCUUAGGUCGCGUCUGUGAUAGCAGGAGCAGUCGUGUGCUUUUAAGAUAUGCCCUCUGAUGGGCUGCGCUGAUGAAGAGCCUAUCUAACAUGUUCCUUAUCGUGAACAUUGUGAUCCUUCGCACGAGGGGCGUUAUCUGUGUUUGAGUGCGUAGUUACCUCCGCGCAUGGAUCCUGCAUUUUUUGUACUUACUGCUGGCCAGACCUGGAUGCACUGCAUUUGUAUCCGGGUCCCCCUGGGUGGAUGGGGGAAUAAGUCUUGCCGAGGUGCAUCCGUGGCUGUCCGUGGCAACUUGCAACCUGUAUCCGGGACCCAAAUGGAUGGGACUCUCCGGAGUUAGCUUUCAAGGCCGCUUGUCCUUAUGCUUGACCAUUCCCAUGCAUGCAUGCGGUGAUGCGGGUCAACACGUGUCGCAGCUUUCCAGCAGCAUUAGGGUGCGGUUACAUAGUGCUGGCAUCUACAGGGAAUGCAUGCAGACGCAGACCCCUGCUGAAAACGCAGCGGCCUGGGAAAAUUGUGCGGGAAGUUGUGACACUACAUGAACAUGCCCCGCUGUUCGUGGCAGCGGCUGGACGCCUGGCACCCCCCUGCCAAUUACACUUCGUGCCCUGCUUCGUGCAUCACCAGCAUGCGCCUGGUCAAGGCUAUUCACCGUUUGAACGAUGUUGAUUGCAAGCACAGGAGGUUGCCAGCACGGGUUGCCAGUGUGUGUGCCGUGAGGCUUUCGGGAACCUUUGUGCGCCCCGCCCCACCUAGCCCCACAAGGGCCUGCCCCCAUAGCUAGAGCGAGGCUAGCGCGUUGCAGUUUGUUACUGAAAGUGACAUUGGCUAGGGGGCCCCGGAUGUGCCUUAGCAUAACGCCGCCAUGUGCGCCGGUUCCGGUCUGUGAUACAUGUAAGCAUACUUCAGC